GAGGGAGGGCGGCUCCCCAUGGCGAGCAGCCGGAGCAUCGAGCUGGAGCACUUCGAGGAGCGGGACAAGCGGCAGCAGCGCUCCGGGCCGCGGCGCGGCGGCUCCGGGGCGGGCGCGGGGCCGCGGGGCAAUGGGCUGGUGCCCAGCCCGGCGCACAGCGCGCACUGCAGCCUCUACCGCACCCGCACCCUGCAGGCGCUCAGCUCCGAGAAGAAGGCGCGCAAAGCCCGCUUCUACCGCAACGGGGACAGGUACUUCAAGGGCUUGGUGUACGCCAUCUCCCCCGACCGCUUCCGCUCCUUCGACGCGCUCCUGGUGGAGCUCACCCGCUCGCUGUCGGACAACGUGAACCUGCCCCAGGGGGUCCGCACCAUCUACACCAUCGACGGCAGCAGGAAGCUCACCAGCCUGGACGAGCUGGUGGAAGGAGAGAGCUACGUGUGUGCGUCCAACGAGCCGUUCCGCAGGGUGGACUACACCAAGAACGUCAACCCCAACUGGUGCGUGAACAUCAGGAGCGGCUCCAGCCGCUCCCUGACGUCCCUGAGCUCCAGCAGGAGCGAGGUGAAGGAGAGCAAGGACUUCAUUAAGCCCAAGCUGGUGACUGUUAUCAGGAGUGGGGUGAAGCCACGCAAAGCUGUGAGGAUUCUGCUGAACAAGAAGACGGCUCACUCCUUCGAGCAGGUCUUGAAUGACAUCACCGAAGCCAUUAAGUUAGACUCGGGGGUAGUCAAGAGACUUUGUACACUGGAUGGGAAGCAGGUGACGUGCCUGCAGGAUUUCUUUGGGGAUGACGACGUGUUCAUCGCCUGCGGGCCGGAGAAGUUCCGCUAUGCUCAGGACGACUUCGUGCUGGAUCACAGUGAGUGCCGUGUUAUGAAGUCUUACUCGCGCUCCUCCGCCGUGAGACACGCUGCGUCCAAAAGCCCUGCGCCCUCCCGCCGGAGCAAAUCCCCUGCCUCAGUAAAGAGGGGUGGCCACUCCAGUGCUCAUUCUUCAGCAAAGUCCCCAGUUAAUGGAACCCCAAGCAGUCAGUUGUCCACCCCAAAAUCUACAAAGUCCUCCAGCUCUUCACCAACAAGCCCAGGCAGCUUUCGUGGGCUCAAGAUGUCCCCCCAUGGUGGGUCAGCUUCCAACGUGAAUGGAGCGCCCGACCCGCUCCGCUGCCAGAGUCCCGAAGGCUUGAAUGGAAACAAGUUCUCAGGGUCAUCUACCAUUCUUGAGAAGUAUAAAGUGGGGAAGGUGAUUGGUGAUGGCAACUUUGCUGUUGUGAAGGAGUGUGUGGAACGAUCCACAGGAAAGGAGUUUGCCCUGAAGAUCAUAGACAAGGCCAAGUGCUGUGGGAAGGAACACCUGAUUGAGAAUGAAGUGUCUAUUCUGCGCCGAGUGAAGCACCCCAACAUCAUCAUGCUCAUAGAGGAGAUGGACACCCCCACAGAGCUCUACCUGGUGAUGGAGCUGGUCAAGGGAGGAGACCUAUUUGAUGCCAUCACUUCAUCUACAAAAUACACAGAGAGAGAUGGGAGUGCCAUGGUCUACAAUUUAGCCAGUGCUCUCAAAUACCUGCAUGGUCUCAACAUUGUGCACAGAGACAUCAAACCAGAAAAUCUUCUGGUGUGUGAAUAUUCAGAUGGAACCAAGUCUUUGAAACUUGGAGACUUUGGACUGGCAACAGUGGUGGAAGGCCCUUUGUACACUGUCUGUGGGACACCCACCUAUGUGGCUCCAGAAAUCAUUGCAGAGACAGGGUAUGGCUUAAAGGUGGAUAUUUGGGCUGCAGGUGUGAUCACGUACAUCCUGUUGUGUGGAUUCCCACCUUUUCGCAGUGAAAACAACCUUCAGGAAGACCUCUUCGAUCAGAUACUUGUGGGGAAGCUGGAAUUUCCCUCUCCCUACUGGGAUAACAUCACAGAUUCAGCAAAGGAGUUAAUCAGCCUGAUGCUACAUGUGAAUGCUGAAGCCCGGUACACAGCAGCACAGAUCCUAAGCCAUCCCUGGGUGUCAGAUGAUGCUUCCCAGGAGAAUAAUAUGCAAGCUGAAGUAACAGGUAAACUGAAGCAGCACUUUAAUAACACCUUACCCAAGCAAAAUAACACAUCUGCUGGGGUUUCUGUCAUCAUGAACACAGCUCUAGAUAAAGAGAGUCAGAUUUUCUGCAGCAAGCGCUGUCAGGACUCUGGCAGAGGCGGAAUGGAGAGAAUUUCUGCACUUGCUGCUGCAGCUGCUGAUGCUGGUGUGGCUGGGUGCCAGCCCCUCCUCCCUGCUGCUCCUGAGCCACUCGGGUCCCCCACGCUGCCUUCUCAGCCUGGUGUGUAGGACUGGGCACACCAAACCCAGCUGAAGCUGCCCACACUCUGGCCACAGCAUUCUUCAUCUCCCACCACUGUUUUCAGUUUGUGUGCACCUCCGGUGGCGAGCCCCAGCCAGGUCUGAUCCUCUCUCUCACAGUGCACCUCGUGGGAACAGACUCUGGCAAUGUUAGGUGAUUUUUUAAGUUCUCUGUGUUAAUAAUUAACUCCAUUUCACACAGCCUUGGGCUCUAACUAGACUAACUCAUGGUGUAGCUAACCAUAUUUUUAUAUGAGCAGUGAGGUGGGGAACAGUUACCUGGCCUCACUUCCACCAGCAGGCCCUGUUCUGUUCUUCUGAUGGGAAUUCUCAGAAAAGUGGGAGAGGCAGACAAGGGAAGAAAACUUCUAUUUGCCUUCUAUUCCAAUGCCUCUAUUUUUAGCCAAGUUUCUACUGAACUUGAAGAGGCAAAUUUUCACGAAGAAUUUUUUAGUGGACUAACUGUAAAAUAUCAUGAGACAAACAUUUGGAGAUAGAGGGAAGGAUGGUUGUUUUCCAUCAAGUUUGUUAUCUGACUUGCAGGCAGGGUAGUGUUUAGAUAAUAUGAAUUUAAAUAAAGUAACCUGGGAUGUAAA